UCUUAAGAUUUCAACCAGUGGCAGACAUGGUCUCGGAGAUAUUAACACAAAACACAUGUCCACUGUAGUGGGCACAGUUUGAUUGCUGGCUCUCAGGGGGAUCUAUUAGCUGUGUGCAAAUGUACUGUGAGUGGGCCAGACGCUUAUCAUGGUGUGUGUGACACUUCAGACUGGGGGAGCAAUAGUAUUAUCUCAGAGGAGGACACAUGCGUUUUAUGAACGAAAGGAGGCAUAUGAGUGAGUCAGGGGGGAAAGGAAAUGAAUGUAAAUCCAUUCAGAACUUCAGGAUUCUCUUUUCAACAGAAAAAAAAAGAGUUUUAUUCAUCGCGUCCUGUGGCACAUCUUCUCGAGGAGACUUCUCUGUUUUUCACCUGAAUCUGAAGUUCUUCUGCUCGCUUUAUUAAAUGACAUCGGAACACAAGCCAGUUUGUUAGAAUAUCUAAAACCCCGGAGGACUGGAAACCUGGAAAUGAAGAGAGAUUUUACGCUUUUCUGUCGGAUUUGGAAUGGGAUUGCCUUUUUCUCAGGUCUGGUGACUGGAUUUUCCAUAAGUCCACCCACCCUUGACAAAACCAAAGACCAGUUUGUGAUAAACGCUAACGACACAUUGACAAUUACAUGCAGAGGACAGCGGAUUCUGGACUGGAGCUGGCCUGAAGAGUCUUUGAGUAAAAUUGAGUUGACCGAUCGUCAGGAUCAGCAGCUGCCCGUUGACGGCCCGGGCCACAGAGCAGUCAUUGUGAGGGAGUGCCAAGGGGAGCCAGGGAGACCUUAUUGCAAGACCUUAAUACUGACCAACACCCAGGCCAAUGACUCAGGGUACUACCGCUGCUUCUACCAGGACAUCAAAGCAAUCAUCGAUGGAACCACGGCGACCAGCAUAUACGUCUUUGUGCGAGACCCAAACCAGCCAUUUAUCAGGAGAAAUGAGAACGGCAUAGAGACCAUCUUCGUAACAGGCGCUGAAACACACAUCAAAGUGCCUUGUCUGGUGUCAGAUCCUGACCUGAAUGUCACACUCUUCUUGUUAGAGCAAACUCCUACGCUUCUGGAAGGCGAUGAGAUCACCUGGAAUAACAAAAGAGGCUUUUCCGUUCCCAGACUCAUCUUUGAAAACAGUUCCAUAUUCUUCGGGUUCUUCUGCUCCACAGUGUCCCAAAACAGCGAGUCCAGAUCACUUGUGUAUUUUGUGCAGGCCACAGGAUUUAAGUUUUAUGAGCUCAAGCUGUAUCCAGAAGACUCGCCCAUGGAGCUUAUGCAGGGGGAGAUACUGGUGCUCAACUGCACUGCGCUGGUGGAGUUCAACACUGGUGUGGAAUUCAAGUGGGACUAUCCGGGCCAAAAGGACAAUAGGGUGGCGAGUUUACAACCCGUGCGGAACAUCCUGGAUAAAGCCACGGAAGUUUCCAGCAUUCUGACCAUCCGAGACGUUCACGUGAAAGACAGCGGCUUUUACACCUGCUUUGCUGGCAGCAUGGAAAUAAAACGAGAGCUGACUAUUUUGGUCAUAGUUCACGAGAAACCUUUCAUUAGUUUGGACUACAGAAAUGGAUCAGUUAUAGAGGCUAGAGAUGGACAAAAAUCUGUCCGACUGUCUUUGAAAGUGUCGGCAUACCCCUUACCAGAAACACAAUGGUAUAAGAAUGGGAAACUGAUCACCAAACGUCCAGAGUUCAGCAGGUUUAAGGUCCAGCAACAGGCACUGGAGAUCAGGGACGUGUGUAAGCAGGACGCAGGGGAAUAUACGGUCGUUUUGAAAAACACGCCUGCUGCCUUGGAGAAAAGACUAAACUUUACUCUCAUCGUCAAUGUUCUGCCUCAGAUCCAUGAGAAGGAGGCAGCAUCGCCUGCUAACCCUUACAGGAAGGGCAGUCGACAGACCCUCACUUGCACUGCCACCGGCACCCCCCCAGCCACCAUCAGCUGGCAGUGGAGGCCCUGGAGCCCCUGUGGUCCCAACAGCACCCGCAGAACCCUGGGUCGAAGAGACCAACGAGACAAGAUUCCCCUCUGUCAAGACUGGAUGGAUCUGGAUCCCGACCACACCAUCAAUCCUAUCGAAAACAUUGAUACUUUGACUGAGAUGGUGGAUGGAAAAGAAAAGACUGUAGGCCGUGUGGUCAUUCAGAACGCCAAUGUGUCCACCAUGUACAAGUGCUCAGCGGAGAACAAAGUUGGAAAAGAUGAACGAUUGAUCUAUUUCUACAUAACCACUAUUCCAGAAGGAUUUGGAAUAGAGAUGGAGCCUUCGGAAGAACCACUAGAACAGGAUCUGGUGCGGCUGAAGUGUAACGCAGAUAAUUACACCUAUGAAAACCUGCAGUGGUAUCGUCUGGGCCUGCAAGUAGGUCCUCCAGAAUUGGACUGCAGGAGUCUGCACCAGUACACAGAGACACUGGGGGGAAAGCUCUCGUUCCAGACCUCUAGUAACAACUGGGUCCUAGAGCUCACCAUACCCAACAUCCAGUUACAGGACGAGGGGAACUACGUGUGCGAGGUGCAGAACCGCCACAGUGGGGAAAAACAUUGCCACCGCAAGUAUAUCCCGGUCAAAGCGCUGGAAGCACCUCGAUACCGUCACAACCCCACCAAUCAGACUGUGAAUGUGAGCGAGUCACUGCUUAUGAAGUGUGAUGUGGAGGGCACACCGUCUCCCCAGCUGUCCUGGUUUAAAGACAACCAACCCCUCCACCAGAUAUCAGGAAUCCUGCUGCAGGACUCCAAUCGGACGCUCAGCAUUCAGCGCGUGCGAGAGGAAGAUGCAGGUCUGUACACGUGCACUGCCUGCAACAAGAGGGGCUGUGUUCAAUCCUCUGCAUCAGUGUCCGUCAUCGGUUCAGACGACAAGACCAACGUAGAAAUCGUGAUUCUCAUCGGAACCGGAGUCAUUGCCAUCUUUUUCUGGGUCCUUCUACUCGUCAUCUUCUGCAAUGUCAAACGGGUGAACCCAGCUGAUAUCAAAACAGGCUAUCUGUCCAUCAUCAUGGACCCAGAGGAGGUGCCGCUUGAGGAGCAGUGUGAAUACUUGUCGUAUGACUCCAGCCAAUGGGAGAUAUCACAAGACAGACUGCGACUUGGUAAAGUGCUCGGGCAUGGAGCUUUUGGGAAGGUGAUUGAAGCUUCUAUCAGUGGAGACGACAAGAAGACCUGUUUAAGCUCGGUGGCUGUCAAGAUGUUGAAAGAGGGAGCCACAGCCAGUGAACACAAAGCCCUCAUGUCAGAACUGAAAAUCCUUAUUCACAUCGGAAACCAUCUCAAUGUUGUCAACCUGCUUGGAGCGUGUACCAAACCCAAUGGUCCUCUCAUGGUUAUAGUGGAAUACUGCAAAUAUGGAAAUCUCUCCAACUUCCUGCGCGCCAAGAGGGAAUUCUUCUUACCGUACAGGGAUCGGUCUCCUAAAACUCAGUGUCAGGUGCGGAGAAUGAUCGAGGCGGGUCAGAUGGGUCAGCUUGGACAUCAGCCAUCCACCUCCUCCGACAUCAACCCCCCAAUGCAGUUUCGGGUGGAUGAUCUUUGGAAGACCCCACUCACGAUAGAGGAUUUGAUAUGUUAUAGCUUUCAGGUUGCACGCGGGAUGGAAUUCCUGGCAUCUCGGAAGUGUAUACAUCGAGAUCUGGCAGCCCGGAACAUACUCCUGUCCGAAAACAAUGUGGUGAAGAUCUGUGACUUUGGUUUGGCACGUGACAUCUACAAAGAUCCUGACUACGUGCGCAAAGGCAAUGCCAGACUGCCUCUGAAGUGGAUGGCUCCUGAGAGUAUCUUUGAUAAGGUUUACACCAGUCAGAGUGACGUAUGGUCAUUUGGAGUAUUGCUCUGGGAGAUUUUCUCUCUAGGUGCGUCUCCAUACCCGGGCAUUCAGAUCGAUGAGGACUUCUGCACACAGCUUAAAGAUGGGACAAGGAUGAGGGCACCAGACAACGCUUCCCCUGAGAUAUAUGGGAUCAUGUUGGCCUGCUGGCAGGGCGAGCCCAGGGAAAGACCCACGUUUCCAGCUCUGGUGGAGAUACUUGGAGAUCUACUGCAGGAAAACAGUCUUCCUGAAAUCCCAUUAAAUGUGUCUCAGAGCUCAGAGGAUGAUGGUUUCUCACAAGCUUCCUCGAGACCCUCAUCACAAGAAGAGAUCAAACUAGCCAGUAACACACUGUCUACACGAUAUUACAACUGUGUGCCUUUUUCUGGGUGUAUCAUGGUGGGACCCUCCAUUAGGCCUACUUGUCAUUCACGGGUGAAGACAUUUGAAGAACUUCCUUUGGAAAUGACAUCACACAAGACACAUGACAGCCAAACAGACAGUGGGAUGGUUUUGGCAUCAGAUGAACUGGAGAGAUUUGAACACAAGCACAGAGGGGCCAUGUUGAAAAACACAUCAGAGGGCCACAGCACAGAACGGCUCAUCAGUUCAAUAUCUGUGAGUAGCACUGGCAGUACCAGCACACUGCCACCACCAUUUUUCAGCCAACUCUCUGGACAAACCUUCUAUAACAAAGAGUACGGCCAACUGUCAGAAGAGGGCGUCAGUGACUUCUUCUCCUCGUCAGAUCAGGCAGGGUAUGACAAAGCCUGCCCGGCAACCUCCAACCUGUAACAGCACUGAUUGGCCAGUCAUAUUCUGCUCGGCUCCGCCCCCUCACCAUUAACUGAACUGAUCUCUGGCUAUGUGAAGUUCUUUCAGCAGUCACUGGGUGGCACCAUUAUGUCAAUUUCAAAUGAAAAAGUAUUUUAUCGCCUUAGUUACAUAUAAUGCAUCUUUAUAUAAAGAGUAAACGUCUUUUUUAUUUGUACAAAAAAGAGAAAAUAACCCG